UCUCUUUCACUGAACAUACCCUUUCGCUGUCUGGCAGACGACGGAUUUUCAUCUUGUGUAGGAGAGUGAGCUUUGCUCUAGUUCAGCAUAGAUGAGCGGUCUACAAGGCGCUGUUUAUAUUUUGGGAUUCGUAUUCGCUCUAUUUAUCGAAAAUUGAGUAAUCGUAAACACUGUAAACACUAUAUCUACAACCCUAGUAAAAUCAAAAAUUACUUUCAAAACCAGAUCCUUUUCCUGCCAUUGAAUUUAAAGUAUCAAAACUCCAAAUAUGGUUCAAUACAGUGUUGCUCAGCGAAAAAAUGUGCGCAUAUUGUUAGUUGGCGAUCAGGGAGUGGGUAAAACCUCACUCAUACUCUCGCUUGUGAGCGAAGAAUUUCCCGAGGAUGUUCCACCAAAAGCUGAAGAGAUAACAAUACCCGCUAAUGUAACACCUGAACAGGUGCCAACAAACAUUGUCGACUACUCAAGCACAGAACAAACUGAUGUAACACUGAACGAAGAGAUUCUCAAGGCGCAUGUUGUAUGCAUUGUAUAUAGCGUGGAAGAUGACGAUUCGCUAGAUCGUAUAACUUCACAUUGGCUGCCUUUGGUUCGUAAUGCAAUUGGGCCAGACCAGCAGCGUAAGCCCAUUGUGUUGGUAGGCAACAAAGUCGAUCUGAUAGAAUACUCAACCAUUGAUAGUGUAUUGACAAUAAUGGAAGACUUUCCAGAAGUAGAGAGCUGUGUAGAAUGCUCCGCCAAAACGCUACACAACAUUUCCGAAAUGUUCUACUAUGCACAAAAGGCUGUUUUGCAUCCGACAUCGCCGCUAUACAUAAUGGAGGAGCAAGAUCUCACUCCAGCAUGCAAAAAAUCACUUGUUCGCAUAUUCAAGAUUUGCGACAUCGAUGGUGAUAAUUUGCUGAACGACUACGAAUUGAAUCUCUUUCAACGUCGCUGUUUCAACACUCCCCUACAACCACAAAUACUGGACGAAGUGAAAGCUGUUAUACAGAAGAAUAUUCCAGACGGUAUCAUCCAUGAUGCUGUUACAUUAAAGGGUUUUCUCUUCCUGCAUUGCUUGUUUAUACAGCGUGGACGCAAUGAAACAACUUGGGCAGUGUUGCGCCGUUUCGGCUACAACGAACAAUUGGAAAUGUGUAAAGAUUAUUUGCGUCCCACGUUGAAGAUACCACCCGGCAGCAGCACAGAACUAUCACAUCGCGGCCAACAGUUCCUCAUAGCCCUGUUCGAACGAUACGACAAAGAUGGCGAUGGCGCACUAUCCCCGGAGGAGCACAAAAUGAUUUUUAGCACUUGUCCAUCGGCGCCCUGGUCUUAUUCGACAGAUAUACGUAAGUCGUGCCCGACCAACGAUCAAGGUUGGGUUACGCUACACGGCUGGCUAUGUCGCUGGACGCUAAUGGCGCUUAUCGAUGUUUCAAAAACAUUGGAGUACUUAGCAUAUUUGGGUUUCAAUGUACACGAGAACGAUAGUCAAUUGGCGGCAAUACAUGUGACCCGCGAACGACGCAUUGACUUGGCAAAACGACAGAGUAGUCGUUCGGUUUACAUGUGUCAUGUAAUUGGACCGAAAGGCGCGGGUAAAACUGGCUUGUGCCGUGGAUUUCUGGUGGAUGACAUGAAGAGUCUGAUUGGGAAGGAAUUCAAAACUAAUGUAGUGCAUUGCGUUAACACAGUGCAGGUUUAUGGCCAAGAAAAGCAUCUUAUUUUGCGUGAUAUCGAUGUCAAGCACGCUUUAGACCCACUGCAGCCACAAGAGGUGAACUGUGAUGUUGCCUGUCUUGUUUACGAUUCAUCAAAUCCGCGUUCAUUCGAAUACAUUGCACGCAUUUACAUCAAAUAUUAUGCAGAGAGUAAAAUACCAGUGAUGAUUGUAGGCACCAAAGGUGAUUUAGAUGAACGGCGACAAGAUUAUUUGCUACAACCAGCAGAGUUUUGUACUAAAUACAAACUAUUGCCACCACACCUGUUCAGCUUGAAGAGCAAUAAAAAGGAGGUCUACACAAAAUUGGCAACCAUGGCGGCUUUUCCGCGUUUUCAGGCCGCAUGGAUACUCUUUUACAAGCACAGGUUGGUACAGCUGUGGGAAUCAGCUCAUCUGCGACAGUUUGGCUUAAUGACUGAGGAUCCAACACUUUGGUGGAAAGCUGGAUUGGGUGUCGCUGCGGCUACAGUGCUGGGCUUUGUUGUACUCAAAGCGCUGCACAGUGCCGGCUCACAUGUACGUUACUAAAACUAAUGAAGAUCAAUCGGAGGGACAAACCGCAGUGGCGGGACUUAACUUGACACACACACGGGCGUGUAAGCAGCGAUUGAAGAAUGCGUAUCAAUUCCAUUGGAUAUUUGCAAAAAAAAUAUGAUAUACCGUUAAGAUUCUACGAAAAUUUCGCGCAAUUCUUUAAAACCUACUGCUUAUAAAACCUUUUUUAUUUUUCAACUCAAUUUACGGAAGUCAUACUAUGUGGUUAAAAUUAUUGAAUUAAAAAAAAAAAAUGCGAUUCAAAUCAAAUUUAAUUGAAGUUUAAAAAAUUACUGCUUCGCUAUUAUGCGAGUAUAAGCAUACUUAAAAGAAUUUUAGAUUUUUUUUGGGCAAAAGAAAUUUGUUAAAAAUUGUGUUUGAGUUCAAGAAAAAAAUGGUCAAAUGAAAAUUACGUAAAUGAGAGUAGGCAUAUUUCGUAAAACGUUUUUUGUUUGUAAAUAUAUUCUUACUAACCCACAUAAAAUGUAUUUCAAGACAUUUAUUUGGCGCAAAUUUCGUACAUAAAUAAAUGCAGCGAUUUAAUAUAUGUACAUAUAUCUAUAUCUGACCUUAAUACAUUACAACCUUUUAAUAUUAUGUCUACAUACAUACCAGCAUACAUAUUUUUUUACAUAAAUAGUAAUAAAAUUAUUUUAGCAUUGGAGUAAAUGACGAAAGCAACAAUUUGAAAAUCAAUCGUAUAGCAAUACCAUUUAGCAUAUAAUCAAUAAUAUACACACCAAACUACAUACAUACAUACAUUUACAUAUAAACAUAGUAAUCACAUGAAUAGCUACAAUAUUUUUGUAUAUCAUAAGAAAGGUGAUGCGGAAUAAUCAAUUCAGAUAAAAUAUAUGUACCGGAAGAGAACCUUUCGAUAUAAGACCAGUUGGGGGACAGUAUACACAUGUGGACAUUUUUACUCUAAGUACUCUUAUGGAUUUGUAUGUGUUUUAUUAUAUUUUGAAAAAAAAAAAGCAUAUACAAAUAUAAUUACAUAUACAUAUGUACAUACAUGUAUACUAAUUUAAUUUAAAACGAAGUUUAUAACAAAUUGGCUUCAUGAGUUUAAGAAAUUCAAUCUUCCACAUAAUAAAGUAUGAUAGGAAAGCAUCAAAA